GCGCAUGCGCGGUCAGGUGCCUAGCCGUGGGGAGCGCAGGCGCAGAUGUGUCGAAGGUGCCAGAAAGAUUGAAACGGCGGCGGUGACGGCUGUGGCGACGGGAGAUCCGAUCCUUGUGUGGUGAAAUUGGAAUCUGAAAGGAUCCUCCUUCAAGCCUUCUGAUCAAUUUCUGUAUUUUCUUAAUUUAAGUUGGCAAGAUACUCUUCUUUUUCCAUCUGUUUUCAGAGUACAGCAUAUCCAUUCAAUCCUAGCUUGUGCUCUGUAAACGUCCUAGCAUUGGUUUUUCUACAUGGCUGACAUAAGAAGGCAACUUUUUGCCCACAUUUGGGAAGAGGAAGAAUGCCUUGAGUACUAUGGGAUGAUUUCCCUGCAUCAGAUGUUUGAAGUAAUUGGUUCUCAGCUCACAGAGAAUGACAUGGAAGUGCUCUCAUUCCUUCUGGAUGAGACACAGCCCUGGACUCAUCCAUUGGAUCCUGCCCUGUGGACUGUGGCAGCAGCAGAAGAAGGUGGUUUUGAGAUUGCCUCACCAGCAUUAGAGAACUGGAAGAGGAAAAACCAGUGCCAGUGUAAUUUGGGCAAGAAUGAUGGCAAUCUUGAGGCAGUUGCAGAGAAGCGGCGGCCAAAGAAUGGUGUCCAACUGUUUCUGGAGUUAGAGAGGAGAGGCAAAUGUGAUGAAACCAACUUUGUGCAGCUUUUACAGUUCCUGAGGGUGCUAACAAGGCAUGAUCUAUUACCAUAUGUUACCCUGAAAAGGCAGCGCACAGUUUCUCCUGAGAGAUACACCUAUGGACCAUCCGUUCUGUCAGCAGACCAACAAGUGGACAACUGUCUGAAUUCAGCGUCUUCAGAGCCUCGGCAUGAUCAAUGGGAGACAGGCUCUAAUUCAAGCAAAAGGAAGCGAGUAAGCAGAGGACGAUCAAAGGCUACUCCUCCCUGUAGACGACGGGGAGCUAAAGCAGCUUCUGCUCCAAAGCAGGAGGUCCCAGCUCCCACCAAAGUGACUUGUGACAUCCGGCUUCGUGUUCGGGCAGAAUACUGCGAGCAUGAGCCUGUCUUGCGUCAGAAUGUGAUGUCAAAUAAGCAGAACCGUUUGGAGCGUCAGUUUGAUGUGUUUGGGCAGUCGAACACUAUCCUGAAAUCCCGUGACCUGGGCUCUAUCAUCUGUGACAUCAAGUUCUCAGAGUUGUCCUACCUGGAUGCCUUCUGGAGCGACUAUAUGAAUGGCUCACUGCUUGAGGCGUUGAAAGGAGUCUUCAUCACAGACUCGCUCAAAGAAGCUGUGGGUCAGGAAGCUAUUCGGCUGCUGGUCAAUGUGGAUGAGGAUGAUUAUGAGGAGGGGCGGCGUUUGUUACUGGAAAAUGUUAUUCCCCAGGUGUGGUAAUGGCAGCAUCUCGGUAACGUAGGGUACUUCUUUUUUUACUACUUGAUUAUUGUUGGAUAUAGACUUCAGGAAAAAUAAAAAGACUUAAUCAUCAUUCCGUCAUGUGACAGGGCUGGAUCUUGGCAGUGACGGGACUCCCAGGAAUCAAUUGUGCCACAGAAGCUUUGAAAGAGCAGCCAAGAAUGGUCUUGAUGGACACUCAAGUGUAGCAGAACAUGAGCACAGGCAAUAACUCGGUGUGGAUUCCUCUCAUUUGGAGUGAAUGGAAAAUCUUUGGGAGAGAUCAUUUAUCCUGCUAAUGAAGCAUUAAAGGGCCUUGAUGCUCUUUCAGCCUGACUUGUGUAUAUCAUGCUUGCUACCCGUACUUGUCAUUUUUGUGUGUGCUCUUGCAACACUGGAGAGUAGUCUAAUUUUGCCAGGUAGCAGGUACACUUUAUCGAAGGAUGGCAGCAGAGCAGGCUGCUUUAACUAUUUUUUUUUGGAAGAGAAAUCUUAUAUCUCUCAAAUAUGCUGGGGUGGAUUUCUUCCCUUAAAUGAAAAAAUACAACCCAGCCCCAUGUUGUGAGGGUUGAUCAUAAGGGUGGAAGCUUGAGUCACUUUUCUAAGGACACUUUUCAAUUCUGUGGUGGUUUGUACAUAAUAUAAAUAAUAGACUUUAAAAAGAUGAAAAGGUUUGGGUUGUAUUUCUGGUAAAGGAAGCUGCUAAAUUGCAGUUGGAAGAGCCAGAAAUAUGUAAUUUAAAAAUUGUAUUUUUUUUACCAAAAAAACCCACAAACCACUUUUGGACAAAAUUCUUAAUGUAUUGUAUUUGCAAGUGACAAUGUUAAUAAAGAAGAUAAUUUGCAA